AUGGAUCUUCUUCUUCUAGAGAAGACCCUUCUGGGACUUUUCUUCGCCAUUAUAGUUGCCACUGUAGUCUCUAAACUACGUGGCAAACGCUUCAAGCUCCCUCCGGGCCCAAUUCCAGUUCCGGUUUUCGGCAAUUGGCUCCAAGUCGGCGAUGAUUUGAACCACCGAAAUCUAACCGAAUAUGCCAAGAAAUUCGGUGACAUAUUCUUGCUCAGAAUGGGCCAACGUAAUCUCGUCGUGGUUUCAUCGCCAGACCUUGCAAAGGACGUUCUGCACACCCAGGGAGUUGAGUUCGGUUCACGCACAAGGAACGUCGUUUUCGACAUUUUCACCGGUAAAGGCCAAGACAUGGUGUUCACCGUCUACGGCGAGCACUGGCGCAAGAUGCGGCGGAUCAUGACGGUGCCCUUUUUCACCAACAAGGUUGUGCAGCAGUACCGACAAGGGUGGGAGGCUGAAGUGGCAUUGGUGUUCACCGUCUACGGCGAGCACUGGCGCAUGAUGCGGCGGAUCAUGACAUGGGUGGGAGGCUUACGUGGCGGCCGUGAUUGA